UUUCGAGUUUGGGACAAUAAGAAAAAAGUUCGAUUCCCAAUUUGGAAUAAUGAGACAGUGUUAGUGCAAUUCGGAGUAUUCUGUAAAAGUCUAGGGAUCACUACGAAACUUUUUUUAGGAGGGGUAUUGUUGACCUUUUGCUAAAGAUGAUUGCCGAGCACCCUUAACCAGCAAGAAAAGCGAAGAAAGCACAAGAAACCAAGCAAGGAACCAGAUCUAGGGUUCUUCUUCCAUCAACUGCCUGAAAUCCAAUUCUCUCUCUGUUUGUUUUCCGUGCUACGCAGAGAUGGCACUCGAGUGGGUCGUGCUUGGGUACGCAGCGGGCGCGGAGGCGAUCAUGGUCCUCCUGCUAACAAUCCCGGGCCUCGACGGACUGCGGAAGGGACUGAUCGCCGUGACUCGCAACCUCCUGAAGCCGUUCUUGUCGGUGGUCCCGUUCUGCCUGUUUCUGCUGAUGGAUAUCUACUGGAAGUACGAGACCCGGCCGAGCUGCGAGGGCGAUUCGUGCAGCCCGAGCGAGCAGCUCCGCCACCAGAAAUCAAUCAUGAAGAGCCAGAGGAACGCCCUGUUGAUCGCCGCGGCGCUGAUCUUCUAUUGGCUGCUUUACUCCGUCACCAAUCUCGUCGUCAAGAUCGAGCAGCUGAAUCAGCGCGUCGAGAGGCUCAAGAGCAAGGAGUGAUGGAAUGUGCUCGGCGGCGGUGGUGGUCGACGGCGAACAGCCAGAUAAGUGCAUUUUAGCAAAGUGGGUUCAUCUAUCUUCUUUUUGCCAUUUCCCGGUGUUUCCUUCUAUGAUCGAGUAUUUGCGCUUUAACACGUUCAUCGUUUCUUGUAGACGCUUGUUUAGUUAUCGUGUUUGUAAUGUGUUUCUGUUUGUAAGGUUUCCUAUGGUCCAUUCAAAUUCUGCUUGUUGAAUUUGAUGGAAGGUUAAGCAUUAUGUUUAGGACAAUAUACAAUAUAAUAACGUUCGCUCUUUCCAAUUGAAUUUGUUCCCUUUUCCUGCCUGGGUUCCUUGAUUUCUUCCCCAAGCUUCUGCCUGUGAAGCAUUAGCCUGUUCAAUUAGGCUGCAGUUUCUUAGAUGGAUUGUUGAAUGCACUUCUUUAUUUCAUGGUGAAUGUCAUACUCUUUUGUAAGCAAUACUGAUAUGCAGGUAUCGAUCUCCAGAGUUUCGGCUUGAAGCACUUCGAUUCAAUUGUAACUGCUUGAUCUUGUGUUCUGUUGUUGCCUUUAGUUCAAGAACAGACAGACUAGCUUCCUCGAUGUUCUAGGACGGGAAUAACCGAUUUACACAUGG